GUCGGGUCCCGUCAAUGGUUGGGGCUUUCGGGUUCCAAUUCGCGCCCACAGCCACUGGGCACGGCCACCGACGACAGCUCCCGCCUCUUGAACUGACACCCUAAAGCGUCACAGCUCCUCCCGCGACGACGACACUCCAUCUCCGUCCGUCCAUUCCCAGCAACGACAUCCCUCCCCCUCGACGACGACGACGACGACGACGACGCCGCAGCUAUCCUCGGCCCGUGAUCGGGAUCCCGCCCGCCUGUCGCCCAUCAUUCUCCCCUGCCUGUAGCCGCACCGGUCCGCCCCCUAACUCCGCAGCCAUGUCGCAACACGCAUUGUCCGACCAACAGGUCGACAAUGAGCUCCGCAAGAUGACGGCCUUCAUCAAGCAGGAGGCCAUGGAAAAGGCCCGCGAGAUCGAGAUCAAGGCCAACGAGGAGUUUGAGAUUGAAAAGUCGAAGCUCGUGCGCCAGGAGACGGACGCCAUCGACUCGCAGUACGAGAAGAAGUUCAAGCAGGCCACCAUGUCGCAGCAAAUCACGCGCUCCACCGUCGCCAACAAGACGCGGCUCAAGGUGCUCGGCGCCCGCCAGGAGCUGCUCGACAACAUAUUCGAGGCCGCCGAGAAGCAGCUCGCCGACGGCGCCAAGGACAAGGCCAAGUACCAAAAGGUUCUCAAGGGCCUCAUCCUCGAGGGCUUCUACGCCAUGAACGAGCCCAAGCUGGAGCUGCGCGCCCGCAAGAAGGACUACGACGUGGUCAAGAAGGCAUCCGAGCAGGCGGCCCAGGAGUACAAGAAGGAGACGGGCAAGGAUGUCGAGGGCGCCAUCCACGAGGCGCAUCCCCUACCCGAAGGCUCGGCCGGAGGCGUCGUCAUCAUUGGCGGCAAUGGCAAGAUUGACAUUGACAACACGUUCGAGACGCGGCUGGAGCUGCUCAAGGACUCGGCCGCCCCCGCGGUGCGCCAGUCGCUGUUUGGAAAGAACCCGAACCGCAAGUUCUUCGACUAGACAUGUCGUCGCAUGGGGCAUGGCCAAGUGUUGAGACUGCUCCGUGGGAGACGCGAAGAGGAGGGGCACCAGACGAGGCUGCGCGUGUGCGUUGUAUGCAUCCACAGGACCCUUGCAAUGUUUCUAUUCGAAUCGCGCCACCCGUACCUACUACGCUAGAUGCUGUACCAUAAAACAUGACCUUUUACCAGCCUCAAACGCCGAGCCCCAAUUGCGCCCGCCCGCCCGUCCGUCGUCGUCCGUCGCCAAUGUGUUCGUGAGAAUGAUAUGGGUAUCG